AAGCACAAGCCACCUCCAUAGUCCUAUAAAUAAAGGCACAUUUCUGGCUCUCAAAACACAUCAACUUCAAACACAUACAUAUAGUUCUGUAAGGGGUAAAAAUGAAUUCCCUUAGUCUCAUAGCAACAACACUCUGCUGCAUAGUUGUGUUUGGAGGAUUACCCUUCUCCUCAAAUGCACAACUUGAUCCAUUCUUUUACAUCAAAACUUGUCCCCAAUUGCAUUCUAUUGUGUAUAAAAUCUUAUUCGACAUUUCUAGGACGGAUACUCGAAUGCCAGCGAGUAUCAUCAGACUUCACUUUCAUGAUUGUUUUGUUCAAGGUUGUGAUGCAUCAGUUUUGUUGAACAAGACUUCGACUGUUGUGAGUGAACAGGAUGCUUUUCCAAAUAUCAACUCUUUAAGAGGAAUUAAUGUUAUAAACGACCUUAAGACUGCGGUGGAAAAAGCUUGUCCUAAUAAAGUUUCUUGUGCUGAUAUUCUUACACUCGCUGCUGGAAUAUCUUCUGUUUUGACUGGAGGUCCAGGUUGGUGGGUUCCACUCGGAAGAAGGGAUAGUCUUACGGCAAACCAAACCGCUGCUAAUAUUAACCUUCCAGGUCCCAAUUUCAAUCUUACUCAACUAAAAAAAGCAUUUGCUGAUCAAGGCCUCAACACGGUUGAUCUAGUAGCACUCUCAGGUGCUCAUACAUUUGGAAGAGCACGUUGCCUUUUCAUUGUUGAUCGAUUAUAUAACUUUAGCAAUACUGGUAAACCCGAUCCAACUCUUGAUACAACAUACCUAAAAGAAUUGCAAACACAAUGUCCAAGAAAUGGAGAUGGAAAUAACCGUGUCAAUUUUGACCCAACUACUCCUGAUAAAUUGGACAAGAACUUCUACAACAAUCUUCAAGUUAAAAAGGGUUUACUUCAAAGUGACCAAGAAUUGUUCUCAACGCCCGGUGCAGAUACCAUUAGCACUGUCAAUAGUUUCGCCGCUAACCAAAAUGUUUUCUUUCAGAAUUUUGUGAAUUCAAUGAUUAAAAUGGGUAAUAUUGGUGUGCUUACCGGAAACAAAGGAGAAAUUAGAAAACAAUGUAACUUUGUUAACAAGAAAUCUUCUGAAUUGGAUCUUGCCAUAGAAUUAUUAGAGGGGGAGGAUAUGGUUAGUUCAAUCUAAAUGAAUGUUGGUUACUUUAGUUGAAAUAUGGUGAUUGGAAGUCACUAAUAAAGAAGUGAUGGCUAUCUAGGUACAUUUGUGCCAUGAGCUAUUGUGUGUUAUGUGCUUUGUGUGUGUAAGAUAAUCUUCUUUCAUGUAAUGUUCUUAAUAAUACCCAAUCUUUCUAUCACAA